GACGGCGUCGGUUCCCUCGGCAACCUCUCGGCGUCUUCCAUCUCUCCCGCCUACGGUGAGCGGUGCAAGAGGCAAUGGAGAGCCGGGGGCUGACCUUAGUGACCAUUCAGAAACUUAAGUGAAGAAAUCUAGCAUACUGCCAGCUGCUAUACCACCACCUAUAGCUGAAUUUCCACUAUCACUGAAGGACUUAUCUGUGAUGGAAAAACCAGCAUAUGUAGACCAGACAUCUGUCAUGGAACUGCCAAAGCCUGUAGACCAUCUGGUUGUUGAGAACUCACCAGAUUCUGAAGACCAGUUUCCCAUACCUAGCAGAAACUCACCCGAGAGUAGAUCACCUGUGGGUGAACAGCUUGGUUUCAACGUCAAAAUAUCCAUGUCUGAAUCCUCACAGUCUUGCAGUAAAAUGUCUCUGAAUGAAUCAGCAGCAGCUGUAGUUAAACCAACAGAGAAAGCAUGUGAAAUAUCAGAGCAGCCAGUGGUAUAUGAAGACCCUUUCGAAGCUUCAGUUAACUACGUGGAGAAACAUAAUAUUCUGCAGAUAUUUCAGGAUAUCACAGUAAAACUGUUGUACGAGAAACCUGAUGACCCUUUACAGUUCAUGUUGCUGCAGGUGCAGUCCAUGAUAAAUGCCAGGCAGGCAGAAAUGGAGGGAGUAUCGGAGGAGCACAAAAAUACAGAGGAAUGCCUGGGAGAGGUCCUGGGCACUCCUUCAGGCUCCUACUGACCUUGCUGUUGUGGUAUUUCACAGGGCCUUUCCAGCAUCGUGCUUUUACAACCAGUGGAAGUACCUUUGAAAAAGUCUGCUGGUAUCUCUGUUUCCUGAUUGUUCUGUUCUGUAUGCUUGCAUUUGCCCUUCUGUUUUAAGUCCUGCAACCAAGUAUCAGUUUGGAUGCGCAAACUCAAACCUGAAAGAGUGCAUGGACCUACAUGCACAUGCAGCACAUCCUGAAAAGGCUGGGCUGCUGAACUCUUGUCUGGUCUACACAUACAAAUGCACAAAUUCCACAUUUAGGCCACCUCUAGUCUCUACUUUUCUGUGCAGAGAAACAAUACACUGUAGAAUUAAAAAGUAAUCCUGGGCAACAUUUCUUUUUCAUGAUGCACUGCUGGCGUACUCUCUCAAACUAUACAAUAAAACCAAUGUCCAUCUAACAGAUUGAAAUCCACCCUCA